UUCCGUCAAUUUUGGUGAAAAAAUUUCAUCUUUUUAAAGAUCUGCUAUUCUAAUUCUAGGUGGUGUGGAACUACGUUUGUUUGUGUGUUUUUUUGUGUUGUUGGGAAUAUGAAGGGAAUGUUUUGGUUUCUAGUUGUAUUAGCGGUGGUUGCAACAUGGGUGCCCCAAUCACAUUGCUCCAAGAAACCGGUGGGGAUCGCUAGAAAGGAGGACGUUCCGUACAUAAAGUGUCAAGUGUGUGAGAAGCUCGCUAAGCAGUUGUAUCAGCAAGUUCAGAACAAGCAAGCUGAGAUCGCUCCCAAGAAGAUCUCGGAGUACCAGAUCAUUGAGAUAGCAGAGAAUGUUUGUAAUCUGAAAAAGGUCGAAGCGGAUUGGAUAUUGCGCAUAGAUAUUGUAGAAAAGAAAGAUAAGCUGGAGCUGGUAGAACAAGACUCUGAAGGACAAUGCAAUUCUGAAUGCAAAACUAUUGAGCGAGCCUGUCAGGAGGUUAUAGGAUAUUCUGAUACUGAUGUUGCUGAGUAUAUAUAUAAAUCCAAGCCUGAUGUUGAUUCAUUGCUCAAUUAUCUCUGUAAAGACCUUACUAAAGCAUGCAGUACCAAGCCACCCCCUGUCCCUAAGGACAGGACUCCUGGUGAACCAUUCGCUGCAAAGUCUUCUAAGGAGGCUGAAAUGGAAAAGCUACUAAAAUCUAUGGAGGGCAUGCCAGGAGCACCCGGCAUGAAAAUGUACUCAAGGGAUGAUUUAAUGAACAUGAAGAAUUUUGGUGACGAAGAUGCGGAAGAUGAAGAUGAGGAUGAGGAUGAUGAGGCGAGCUUCCCCUCAAAAUUGGGAAGAGUUUUGAGGGAAAAAGAAAGUGGAAAAAGUGACUGGAAACAGAUGAUAAGAAAAGGAAUUGUGGACACAAGCAUGACACUGAAGAAACAUGCAAACAAAGUUUCCAAUCGUAUGCGACAAUGGUGGAAGGCAAAGAAGGGUCCGAAGGCAGGGAAGUCAGAACUUUAGGGCCUCAUAAACUAAGGAAGCUGCAUCUUCUGAACUACAAGACAUUUCCACAACGUUUGGUUACAGGUAUUACUCCCAAGAUGGACAGGAAGCAGGAAUAUUUGGAAGAACUAUACAAUCAUCAUUUGGAAUGAUUCAUAUUCCAAUCAAGGAUUUGCUUUUAGUGAGUGUUUUGUUAAAGUUGGAUGGUGGAUGUAUACUAGGUAAACAAUACCCAAGUUUAUGAUGCCACACAAGUACAUUAAUGUUCACCGUUCCCAUUUUUUGUGGA